AUGCUGAGUGCGAGGGCGAUAACAAGUGAGUUUGUAUCUGUGUUUCAGGACAUGACUAUCCGGGUUGGUGUCUCGUUUGACCUGCUGGGCACCUUAGUGGACGUGUGCCCCUCCUCGGGGCAUCAGUACGCCACUGACCUUGUUCGCUUCCUAGCAGUGAAGGGGUUGGACUCUCCGUCAAUCAACGUGGACAUGUUGGAAGAGGCCUCCUCUAAAUGCUUGAGGGCAGAGCUUAGAAAAGACCGUGCGAAGUGGGAAACCCAAAACUUGGGAGCUGCAAAAGAGAUGCCCAUUGGGGGUGUUACGAAGGAAUCUGUACUUGAAUUUUGGAGUCGUGUUGUCGAUGCAACGUUUACUGCUGACGGGUCCUUCUGCAACAAUGACGAGACUGUCAUGGCCAUCAUACAAGAGGCACACAAUACGGCGGAGUGGGAGGAAUUUCUCAAGAGUGUGGUGCAACGCUUUGCCACACCGGAGCCAUACGGUUGGCUUCCUGAGGCGCUUCCAACACUUAAGGCGCUGAAGCAGUGGCGGGAAACGAAGCUUCCACUCGGCAUUGAAUGUGACCCUCCGACGGUGCUGACGAACUCGGACUACCGGUUAGUUUCCGUGAUUCGUGAGAUGGUGCAGCGUGACGGCGAGGAGGCGUUGCUUGGCCCCGUCCUUUCUGCGGACAAUAUUGGUGUGGGCAAGCCUUCCCCUCGUGGCCUUGAGCUGGCGCGAACUCUGUCUCGCGUCACAUCCAAGAGCCACUGGAUUCAUGUGGGCGACACAUCGGAGGACCGAGUCGCAGCUGAGCGGGCAGGGUGUCAUUUUGUCUCCUGUUUGUCCACGAAGGGCCCGGUUUGGGAAGAGCUGCGGGCAAAGCUGGAGGAGGUUUGUAACGUUAUGCAGCGUUCUUCGUCUCCUGCUUGA